CGAUUCUAGGCUGGACUAAACUUUGGCUGGCGACAACGAUUUCCAACGCCAUCGCUUGUUUUUAUCCAUCCAUCGCAGCCGCGACACCCGAUUUGCAGCGAUUUAUUUUUUUAAGAAGCACUCUAAACCUACGACCGUUUACUUUUAUAACAUCAGCGCCCUCGAUCGAGAUAAAUUGCCAACAUGGCCGACGGAGCAGCCAAACCCAGCAGCAGCGUCAAGCUGGUGUUGCUUGGUGAAGCUGCAGUGGGAAAGUCAUCACUUGUCCUGAGGUUUGUCAACAACGACUUCCAAGAGAACAAGGAGCCGACAAUAGGGGCUGCCUUCCUGACCCAAAAAUGCAACCUGCCGGCCCGGACCAUCAAGUUUGAAAUAUGGGACACGGCCGGACAAGAACGUUUCGCCUCGUUGGCGCCCAUGUACUACCGCAACGCACAGGCCGCCCUCGUCGUCUACGACCUCACGAAGCCGACAUCACUUAUCAAGGCCAAGCACUGGGUCGCCGAGCUGCAGCGCCAAGCAUCCCCGGGUAUCGUUAUCGCCCUCGUCGGUAACAAGCUCGAUUUGACGAGCGACGGUGGCGAUGCGGCCGGUGGCGGGGAUGAUGAUGCCGAUGCCGACGGCGCGGGUGGCGAUUCGGGCGACGCCCGCAAGAUACCGACAGAGGAAGCCAAGGCGUACGCCGAGGAGGAAGGGUUGCUUUUCUUCGAGACCAGUGCCAAGACGGGAUUCAACGUCACCGAGGUCUUUACAGCCAUUGCCAACGCGAUCCCGGAGACGUCGCUCAAGAGCGCGAGGGGUGCUGGUGCCGGUGCUGGUGCCGGCCGCAGUGGCGAGCAGCAGAGUGUCAGCCUGGGUGGCCCACGGGAUGUGGAGGGCAAGGAUGGAUGCGCGUGCUGAUUCGACGGAGUUGGCUUGUCGUUACUGCAUGUUUUUCGGGUUAGUUUUGAUCUUUUCCCCCCUUGGUUUCCUUUCUGAGCAGGGACUCGGCGGUAGAUACACUGGCUGUUGAUGGUUGGAAGGUAGCACAGAGAAAGAGAGUGGACAUGGUCAAAGAUAUGGGCUGUUUACGUGCUAUGGUAUGUUAUUUUGCAUUCAUUUAGCAGGUUUGUUUUCAAAGGAUGCCGCUCAUCUUUGAGCGGUGGGCUUAGGGGUUCUAAUGCGAUCGGUGUAUUUUCUACUGUAUCGAGUGGCUUUAAACAGAUUUGAUAGGUCACUACUGAAAGAAAGAAUGGUAAAUAUGACGGCCCUAUACACCAUGACUGACUGCUGCCAACCGGUUCAAAUGACCUAUUACAAUCAAAUAAAAGAACCAAAAGGGUUAUGUAACAUUACAUGAAGCGGGU